AUGGAGUUGUUUGAGGCGUCAGCUCGCCAAUAUCCGGAGCUCGGCGACUUUGUCCGACGAGAGGUUGAGAAUCUGUUGAGGUCGCGAGACACCGCAAACGGUUUGUCACAGGGACGAAGCGAUUGCCUUUUCGCCACGAGUGCAGCCUAUAUCUCCCUGGUAUUAUCUCUUCUACCGAGGCUGGCCGACCGUCUUCUCAAAAGCCCCUUAAUAGAGGACUACAUCGACAGUCAGGUUGCGGAAGUAGACGCUACGACUGACUUCUCAGAUCUGACCCCCAUCACCGAUCUCACUGAGAGAGAGCGCGGGCUCAGGCUGCUUGUCGAGAGACUGAAACGCCUAGUCGACGAGUUUAGCAAGCGCCCCAUAAUCCCAUCACAGCCCGGCCGCCUUGCCAGCGAGCCAUCGGCCCUACAUCCACGAUCUAUCAGCUCUCCCACAUUCCCACCACUCUCCACACUCAUUCCAUCUAUCCCGAGUCCUCUUGAUGACAGACCACCCACGACCCAACCCUACCUACCUCAAAAUAUGCCUGUGAGGCCGAGUAUGUCCCGCGAAGGUUUUAAUCCGCUCGCCAAAGCAGCCUACGGCGAAUCCAUCCGGGUGGACACCCCACGGGACGGUCUGGAGUCCCCCGACCUGGUGCCUGAGCAGCCACCAAUCGCCAGGGAGUUGGUGGAUGCCAAUCAACUGGCCCAUCGUGGAAAGGGUCGGCACACUUGUCCGCACGCGUUCCGGUGCACCAAAGGGGGGGUAAAUGCUGAUGGCACGCUGGUUAUUUUCGAGAGAAACUCGCACUUCAGGUAUUAA